GCCCCCCGAGACACUACAGUAUCAAUGUCCAGAAGCCCGAAGGAAAAAUCAGCGGAAAGAUUCCAAAUCUGAAACCUUUUCUUUGUUGCUUUUUUCUUUCACACUGUGACCCCAUUGCCCUCCUUUGAACCCUUACUUUACUACUCCCAUUGCUCUCAUUAUACUUUUCACUUGAUUCUCUCUGUGUUUCUGCUUGGAAGGGGAAAGCAGGGUGUGUGAAGAUGAGGGGUCCUUUAGGGGCAGUGAUUGGGAGGUACCCCUCAAGUGAUGGGAGUGCCCAAAUGGGUGGGAUCAUUAGCCACAAUAGAAAAUGCAGGGAUCUUGUGUUUCUUCUCAUCUUUAUAGCUUUCUGGGUUGGAAUGAUUGUUAACUCCAGCUUUGGAUUCAACCAAGGAAACCCAUUAAGGCUUACAUAUGGACUAGACUACAAAGGAAAUGUGUGUGGUGACAAGCAUGCUAAUCCCGGCCUCCGUGAACUGGAGCUUAAAUAUUGGUUGAAUCCUAAUCAAGUUUAUCAAAGUCAUCUGAAGGACAGUCAAUUUAAGCUGGCCGAUGCACGGAGUAUAUGCUUGUUGGACUGCCCGACUCCUUCGGAAGACUCUUUAAACUGGGUUUGUGACUAUCCAGAAGGUGAAAUCCGCCUCUCAAUGGAUGAUUGGAUAGACAGGAACUAUGAUUAUUUUGAGUUCCUUACGCCUGAGAUGAGAAACAGCUCUGUUAACCUUCAGGGUCCUUGUUACCCUGUCAUUUUUCCUAGCAUAAAUGUUUAUUGGAGCUGCCAGUUCCUUGCUCGCCCCUCGAACGUAUCAUUAACACAUUGGAAGCAGAUGGGUGGAAUGAACAUAGAUGCAGAUUUGCUCAUAGAUAAAUCUAUUCAUAAGUCGACCAACUCUCGGUCAUCUGUCUUAAAGCGAUACGUGUCGGAUAUUGGGAAGUCAUGGCCAGUAUUGAUUGUUUGUGGAGGAAUCUUGCCUCUAUUUUUGGCUGUGAUUUGGUUGUUAAUGGUUCGACAUUUCGUUGCUGCAAUGCCGUGGGUAACAGUAGUCCUAUUCAACGUUCUUAUCGUGGCGGUCACAAUGUUUUAUUACCUCAAAGCUGGAUGGAUAGGAAAUGAUGCUAUAACUCCCAUCAUUGGUGAACAUGAUCCCUACGUCCACAUAUUUGGAAGGGAGCUCAAUCAUAUGCGCGCUGCUGCUGUUCUAAUGACCUUCGUUAUGGUAGUUUCUGUUCUUACAUCGAUCGCCAUCAUCCGCCGAAUCAUAAUGGCAACGUCUGUCCUAAAGGUAGCUGCAAAGGUGAUUGGAGAAGUUCAAGCACUCAUAAUCUUUCCAAUCAUACCUUAUGCUAUCCUUGCAAUUUUUUACAUGUUAUGGUUGUCAGCUGCUCUUCAUCUCUUUAGCUCCGGUCGAGUUGUCCAGAAUAAUUGCAACUCGAACUGCUGUGCUUAUGAUCUUGCUUCGAAACGAGUGAACUGUGACCGUUGCUGUGGUUAUAGCCUCCGUUAUACUCCUCAUAUCGACAUUGCCAUCUUUUUUCACCUGUUUGGUUGCUAUUGGGCUACUCAAUUUUUUGUAGCAUGCUCUUCAACAGUCAUUGCAGGUUCAGUGGCCUCCUAUUAUUGGGCUCGUCGCGAUACUUCGCCUGAAAUACCAUUUCUUCCGGUUUUCGCCUCAAUGAAACGGCUAGCAAGAUAUAACCUUGGGUCCAUGGCUGUCGGUUCCUUGACCGUGUCCUUUAUGGAAUCAAUUCGUUUCUUACUCGAGUCUAUUCGUCGCAAAUUGAAGGUUGCAAGUAUCGCACCAAAUAGCUGGAUUGGCAGAGCAGCACAUAAUACGUCUCGGUUUUGCCUGAGAUGUAUAGAGUGGAUUAUCAAAUCCGUUAACCGAAACGCGUAUAUCAUGAUCGCGAUAACGGGCAAGAGCUUCUGCAAGGCGUCUGCUAUCGCAACCGAGUUGAUUAUUAACAACAUCCUUCGGAUCGGCAAAGUGAAUGUGAUUGGAGAUGUCAUUCUGUUUCUUGGAAAACUGUGUGUGAGCCUCGCAAGUGCUCUUUUUGCUUUCCUCAUGUUGGAUACUCACAAAUACAGAUCUGCUCAUAACAAGAUUUCUUCCCCAUUGUUUCCAGUCCUGGUUUGCUGGGGACUAGGCUAUGUAGUAGCCACACUUUUCUUUGGAGUGGUGGAGAUGUCCAUUGACACAAUAAUCCUCUCAUACUGUCAAGAUUCAGAAGAACAUCAAGGCACAGCUCAGUAUGCCCCUCCUCUCCUCAUGGAGACACUAAAUGAUCAAAAUGAGAUGCAGAGACUUACACAAGGACCUCCAAGCUCAUGAACUCUCACCUUUACCAUUUCUUGGUCUUAGUUCUUUAGCUGUAAAUAAUAUAAUCAUAGGCAGGGAAUACGUUUAGGCCGGGGUCAAAAAUGAUGAGCUGGAAUUCCUCCCUAGAACUCGAUCUCCGAACUUUGGACAUUAUAUUGUCUCAUGUUUUUUUUGCAUGAAGUUGAUUUUUUUUUUCCUUUUC